GCGUGCUGCGGGUCGACCGCGGGCCCAGCGCGCCACCAUGGAGGGACAGCGUCGGCUGCCGCUGGGACCGCUGCAGCAGCAGAGGCGUCCGAGGAGGAACGGGGGCUGAAGCCGUGGCCUCCGGGUCGUGGGCCCGUGAACACCCGCCGUCCCCGAGCCUCGGCUGCCCCUCCCUGCCUUCCCGGGGGCAGGCGGUGACCCUGCCAGACGAUGCGCGCCCCGGGCCGCCCGGGAGGCUGAGCUCGCCGUCCCGCGCUCGGCCCUCGCCCCCGCCGCCGCCCCUCAUGGCCUGGCCGGGCGCCGAGGGCGCGGCUGACAGGCCGGGAUCCCCGGCCCGGGGCGCCCCCGCCGGCUCCGCGUCGUCGUCGUCCGCCUCCUCCGGCGGCUCGGCCUCCGCCUCGGCCUCGGCGGGCGCGGGGCUGUGGGCCGCGCUGUACGACUACGAGGCGCGCGGCGAGGACGAGCUGAGCCUGCGGCGCGGCCAGCUGGUGGAGGUGCUGUCCCAGGACGCCGCCGUGUCGGGCGACGAGGGCUGGUGGGCCGGCCAGGUGCAGCGGCGCCUCGGCAUCUUCCCCGCCAACUACGUGGCGCCGUGCCGCCCGGGCGCCCGCCCCGCGCCGCCGCCCGCCCGGCCGCCGCCGCCGCGGCCCGGCUCGCCCGUGCACGUCGACUUCGAGCGGCUGGAGCUCAAGGAGCUCAUCGGCGCCGGCGGCUUCGGGCAGGUGUACCGCGCCACCUGGCAGGGCCUGGAGGUGGCGGUGAAGGCGGCGCGCCGGGACCCGGAGCAGGACGCGGCGGCGGCGGCCGAGAGCGUCCGGCGGGAGGCCCGGCUCUUCGCCAUGCUGCGGCACCCCAACAUCAUCGAGCUCCGCGGCGUGUGCCUGCGGCAGCCGCACCUCUGCCUGGUGCUCGAGUUCGCCCGCGGCGGAGCGCUCAACCGCGCGCUGGCCGCCGCCAACGCCGCCCCGGACCCCCGCGCGCCCGGGCCGCGCCGCGCGCGCCGCAUCCCCCCGCACGUGCUGGUCAACUGGGCGGUGCAGAUCGCGCGGGGCAUGCUCUACCUGCACGAGGAGGCCGUCGUGCCCAUCCUGCACCGGGACCUCAAGUCCAGCAACAUAUUGCUACUCGAGAAGAUAGAGCAUGAUGACGUCUACAAUAAAACAUUGAAGAUUACAGACUUUGGGUUAGCGAGAGAGUGGCACAGGACCACCAGGAUGAGCGCAGCAGGCACCUAUGCCUGGAUGGCCCCAGAAGUUAUCAAGUCAUCUUUGUUUUCCAAGGGAAGCGACAUCUGGAGCUACGGAGUGGUGCUGUGGGAACUGCUCACGGGAGAGGUCCCCUAUCGUGGCAUUGACGGUCUUGCUGUGGCCUACGGGGUGGCGGUCAAUAAGCUCACUCUGCCCGUUCCUUCCACCUGCCCUGAGCCAUUUGCCAGGCUCAUGAAAGAAUGCUGGCAACAGGACCCUCAUAUUCGUCCCUCGUUUGCCUUAAUUCUUGAACAGCUGACUGCAAUCGAAAAGGCAGUGAUGACUGAAAUGCCUCAAGAAUCCUUUCAUUCCAUGCAAGAUGACUGGAAGUUGGAAAUCCAACAAAUGUUUGAUGAGUUGAGAACAAAGGAAAAGGAGCUGCGGUCCCGGGAGGAGGAGCUGACGCGGGCCGCCCUGCAGCAGAAGUCGCAGGAGGAGCUGCUGCGGCGGCGGGAACGGCAGCUGGCUGCGCGGGAGAUUGACGUGCUGGAGCGCGAGCUCAACAUCCUCAUCUUCCAGCUCAACCAGGAGAAGCCCAACGUCAAGAAGAGGAAGGGGAAGUUUAAGAGGAGCCGCCUGAAGCUCAAAGACGGGCAUCGGAUCAGUUUACCUUCAGAUUUCCAGCACAAAAUAACCGUGCAGGCCUCCCCCAACUUGGACAAACGGAGGAGUUUGAACAGCAGCAGCUCCAGCCCACCCAGCAGCCCUACCGUGAUUCCCCGACUCCGGGCCAUACAGCUGACCUCAGAUGAAAGCAAUAAAACUUGGGCCAGGAACACGGUCUGUCGACAAGAAGAAUUUGAAGACGUAAAAAGGAAUUUCAAGAAAAAGGGUUGUACCUGGGGUCCAAAUUCGAUUCAAAUGAAAGAAAGAACUGAUUGCAAAGAAAGAAUAAGACCUCUCUCAGAUGGCAACAGUCCUUGGUCAACCAUCUUAAUAAAAAAUCAGAAGACCAUGCCGCUGGCUUCAUUAUUUGUGGACCAGCCAGGUGCUUGUGAAGAGCCAAGAGUUGCCCCUGAUGGAUUGGAACACAGAAAACCAAAGCAGAUAAAAUCGCCAAGUCAAGCCUACGUUGAUCUACCUCUUUGGAAAGAUGGCCAGAGAGAGACCCCGGUGGAACCCGAAAGCUGGGAGGAGGGAACCCCCGUGAGCCCUGCGGCCGGCACUCCUCAUGGGACCCCUCCCAACAGCCUGAGCAGAUGCCCCCAGAGGAGGAAGACGGAGUCUGCUCUGUACGGCUGCACUGUGCUGCUGGCGUCGGUGGCUCUGGGCCUGGACAUCAGAGAGUUCACGAAAGCACAGGCUGCUGAAGACCCGUUGCCCAAGGAAGAAAGGAAGAAACGCGAGGGCCUCUUCCAGCGGGCACCUAAGUCCCGCAGCAGUGCCAGCCCCGCCACGAGGCUGCCCGCCACGGGCGAGGGGGCCGGCAGCCCACUCCCGCCCCCUCCAUGCAGUGCCGCGAACCUCUUGUCCAUGCCUUCUCUCUCCACCAAGUGCCUGCUGCAGCCCGACGGCGAGGAUUCCUUCGAGAGCAGCACACACGUCCCUUGUGACCUCCAGGUGCCCACUCUAGAUCCUUGCCCUGCCUUUGGAGCGCGGGGUCGGGAGCCAACCCCCAUGCCAGGACUGGAGGCCGGUCGUGGUGUGUGGGGACACCUGCCUCCCUCCUUUGUGGAGCCGACACGUGGGGACGUGCCUUACGCUGCUUCUUCAAAAGAAAGAGCAGCCUGUCACCGACGGACCAUGUCUGAUGGAAGUGCUUCUCAGCCCCCAGCUGGAGCAGCUCUCAUCUCAGCCCCCGGAGCCUCGGAACUGCACCCUGAGUGGGUUUGGGGGAUGUCCCCCUCCCCAUCUGGACCUUGUAGUGACCUGCCAAGUGAGGCCCCGCCCGAAAAACAGAGAGCUGUCCACAUGGUGCCUCUGCCUCGCCCUCCCCCGCUAAGAAGCCGGCUAGGUGCCCCGAAGGCCUUCCCGCCGAGAACAGAGUCUCAGCCUGCACAGGCAGGCCCUGUGGUGGGUGGUCCAGAAUCAGCCCCUGACUGUCCCCUCGGCGCCCAGGAGAGAACUAAGCCCCACGUGCCUUCCUUACUGGAUGCCGACGUGGAAGGUCAGAGCACGGACUGCACGGUGCCUCUGUGCCGGAUGAGGAGCAGAACGAGCCGGCCGUCCCUGUACGAACUGGAGAAAGAAUUUCUGUCUUAAGUGCCUUAUGUUGUUCAAGCAUUUCUUUUUGUUUGUUUGUUUGUUUUAAGGUGAACAAAUGAAAACAAUGUGUCUACCUUUGAAUUGUUUCAUGCUGCUGUGUUUUCAAAGCUGCGGCCAUGUUACUCCAGUAAUGGAGGUCUAACUUCUCCAAAAAUAUGUGAUUGCUGUUGGCUGACUGUAUUGUUAUUCCACUGGAUUCUUACCUAGUAACUUGAAAUACUACGUACUUGUAAAAGAAAUGUGCGACAGUGUAAAUCUGUGUUUAAGCACAAUUUUAAAUGCUUUGUUUGUCCCCGUAUAUAUCACUAUCUGUUAGUACACACAGAAAUUGUAAUGAUUGCACCAUUUUUGUUUCCUCCCUUCCUGUUUCCUUCCUUUUGUUUUCUAUUUUCCUUUCCCUUUUUCUCUCUUCUCUUUAUUCAAUUUCUUUCCUUUUUUUUUUUUUUUUUUUGUUAUUUGUGCAACAGAAAGCCAAGAGUAACAUGAUAUUAGUAAGUAAAGGUGUCUAUUUAAAAAAAAAUUUGAUGACUAGAGUAGAUGCAGAGUCCGAUUUCAACUACCUAAACCAGCAGUAGGCUUAUAAUGCAUCAGUAUGUCCAAAUCUUAUCUAAAAUAUGCAAUAUUUCUCUCUUUGAGGAAAUUUUACUGAAUGUAACUUGUAAAAGUUUUAAUGAAUGUAACUUCUAAAAAUUUUAUCCAUUAGAACUCCAAAAGAGAUUUUUUAAAAAGUCAGUCAUUGACACUUGACUCAGACCAUACUGUGUGCAGCUGAGAGGCACUAACCUGUGUGUUCUCCCUGUAGAAGGGGUCUUCUUCAUCAGUAGCCAUUGACUGGGUAUUCAGACGUGUAAAGCUUUUCCUUUUGUCAUAGAGUUUUCAAAAUUUAACCUAUACAACACACGUGUCGUGUGCCGAAGAAAAUUCACGUUAUUUAAUUUUAUUUUCCUGUAUGUAAGUGUAUCAUCACCCUAAUACUCUCAAAUACAGUCAGAAACACUGUCAGGUUAAGAAACAGCAGUACUGUUAGAAUUUAAAUGUUUUAAAAUGUUUAUUUCACAUUUCACUUAAUUGUGGAUAAAUGUUAGGUAUCUGUUGGGUAAGAUAAGCUGAUAUGGUAGAAAGGAGAAAUAUAAGUUUUCAGAUGUGGAUUUAUAAAGUGAAUCUUUGGAUAGCAGAUCAGGUUUUUAAGUGAUUUUAAAUUAUUUUAUGAGCCACUUUUAUAAAUUAUACAGAUAUACAAAUAAACUACUGAGUUAUUAAGCUACUGAAAUGGCCAUCCAAGAGCUUGGUAAACUUGCCUGGGUUCUGUCAUUAAAUCUGUUAUGCUUCUCUCACUAGAAUAUGGUUAUUCAAAUGACACGCAAUAACUGUUUUCCCUCCAGUGAAAAACUUUAAUGGCAAACAUUACUUGAUAUUUCAUUUAAAAUUUUACCUUGGGGGCUUCCUAGGUGGCGCAGUGGUUGAGAAUCCACCUGCCAAUGCAGGGGACACGGGUUCGAUCCCUGCUCCAGGAAGAUUCCACAUGCCUUAAAGCAACUAAGCCUGUGCGCCACAACUAUUGAACCUGUGCUUUAGAGCCUGUGAGCCACAACUAUUGAGCCCAUGUGCUGCAACUACUGAAGCCCACGCGCCUAGAGCCCGUGCUCUGCAACAAGAGAAGCCACAGCAAUGAGGAGCCUGUGCACCACAACGAAGAGUAGCCCCCACUCACCGCAACUAAAAGAAAGCCCAUGCACAGGAAAAAAGACCCAACACAGCGAAUAAAAUAAUUAAUUAAAAAAAAACAAUUUUACCAUGGUUAAGUUUUCUGAAUAACUGAAAGGUCAGUGAUUUAAAUUAAACCAGGUGUGAUAAAACAUCUACUGAUAGUAGAAAAAAAAGGGAAAUGAUAUUAUUUGGCCAUUUUGGGACCUCUUAGUCAUCUCACGAGUAUGUUCCUGCAAAUGAUGAACAGGGCAUGAAAAGAUGAUAUUAACUAAGUGCAUUUUGCCUUAAGGAAAUUCUUGCAGCAAAAUCUCAGGUACAUUUUGUGGUGUUAUGGUCCAUUCUGUGAUUUGGCUUCACUUUUGGGUGGUUGAAUUAUGUAACAGAGAUUUGGUUUCCUCAAAAUCAUAUCAUAUUUAAAACUGGUUGGUGUCUUCAUCCUCAGUCACUUGGAGGCAUGUAGCUUCCAGCUAAAAGUAAGUGAAAUACAUGCCUACAGUAAUACAUGAAACACAAAAUAUAGAAACUAUGUUUUCAGUUUUGCUUCUACCAAAACAUCGUGUGUGUGUGUGUGUGUGUGUGUGUGUGUGUGUGUGUGUGUGUGUGUGGCACUUUUUGUGAGGGUGGGGGAGUGAUGGGUGUCUGUCUGGUCCCUCUACUCUGUUCCUGUUCCUGUUUAGCUUUAUUUUAGUCAACUCUACAUUGUGAUGAAUUUAGAAAUGAAGCUGUAUUAAGAAGAUAAUUUUGAUAUAAGGACUGAAUCUCACAUGUUACUGCAGAUAGUUAUUUUUUGCUGAGAUCUGUUGUAUAUUUGCGAUUUUCUAUGUGUAUAGGUACACUUAGUGGAAUCUGGUUAUUUAUUUUCAUGUAGACUUACUAGCUCACUGAAAGAUAAAUGAAGCUGAUUACUAUUAGUCAACAAUUAAGGUGCUCCCACUGCAGAGAUUUGAGGCCUGGGCCUGAUACGCUGUAUUAUGAAGCUUUGUGACUGAAAAAGAUGUUUACAUACGUUGUCUAUUUUUUUAAUAAACUUUUUUUAAUAGCUUGUCUAUUUGCUCAGUGGCUUUGAUCUACUCCUAAUGAUUGUGACUGUAGUUUGUAAUGGUUUAUUUUGUAUUUGAAAAGGAAAAUAUGUUAAUAAAGGUUAUUAAUA